AUGUAUAGAUAAAUACCAACUGUUAAUAAAAUAUGCCAAAAGAGGAUAAUUGGUCAGGAUCAAGUUAGGCUCGAAAAUCGUCUUAGAAAUAUUUAGGCAUAGGUUGAUACAUCAUCUCCUUAGACAUAUGAAUAUGGGAAUUUAGCAAAUAAGAAAAAAAAUUAAAUAAUGGAAAGUUAAUAUAUAGAGAUCGAAAGGGAAAAUAAGAUUUUAUUGGAAAAGAUAACAAAAGUAAUGAGCAAGGAUCCGUUACAAAAAACAGUUCAAUAAUAGUAAUAGAUUAUACAUCAUAAUUAAAUGAUAUAAAAUAAAAAGAGCUUAAAUGCUGCAUAGAGAAAAAGAGAACUAGUCAAAAUAACUGUAGAGAAUUAAAAUUUUUUGAAGAGACUGAAAGGAAUGAAAAGUACUUAUGAAUAGAAAAAAUAAAUUAAAUCAUGGAGUGAACAAUAGGAAAUAUGUAGCAGAAUCAGUGAAUUUGGUGCUACAAACAGAAAAUUAAAUUCAAAAUCAUCUAUGUAAUCAAGAAGCGUACCUAAGGGAAUAUAAAAUUUAAAUGAAAAUACUCCUUCAUAAAAUAUUCCAGCAUCUGCUAACUUAACCUAUAGGUCAAGAUAAAAUUUUGAGACAGCUGAAAACCAGCCUUUAAAGAAGAGAAUUGGAAGUGGAUAUUUAGUAAAUAACAAUAAGCUUCAAAGAAAUUUGAGUGGACUAUCUAAUAGCAAUAAUAUAAAUAAGAAAGUUACUCUUUUAAGAAAAUCCAAGAAGAUUGGCCUUAAUUACUACUUGAUAGAAAUUAUUUUAGAGGAUGGAUUGUUUAAAAUAAUUGCAGAUGAUGCUGAGAAUCCAACAAGAAAGGUAUUAGAAAUGAGUGAAAGUGAUGGUACUAAAAUAUUAAAGAAGUAUUUUGGAAAUUCGCUGGAUUAAAUGCUUGAGAGUAUCUGGAUAACUGAUAAAAUAUUCAUAAGAGGGUUAGAAAUGUUUACAACAGAAGAAUCUUAUCAGUCUAAAAAUAGCAAUAACAAAUCUCAAUCUCCUUCUCCUCAUAAAAAUUAAUAUAUAAAUAAAACUUAACCUGAUGAGAAACAUAGAUUGGUAGCACCUAUUAAAAAGUCAGCUUCUAAUAAAUCCUUAAAUGCAGAAAAUACUAAAAUAUAUAAUAAAUAAUUAUCUAAUCCUAUGUAGAUAAUUGAAUAGCCAGAUUAGGAGUCUGUAGAUAUGUCAAAUAGCAAUCUAAUUAAUUCAAAGCUCUAUAGUAAUAAUAAUAGAAAAUUAAAUUAGAAAUCAGUUACUGAAGGGGAUUAGUUUGAAUAAAGCAAAGAACAGUAAAGCUUUAAUAAAAAUGAUCAACAAAACGAAAGCUAAAUUCAUUAGAAUAGUUAGAAAAUUGAUGAAGAUGGAUUUAAUGAAUAUGGCGACGAAGAUUAUGAUGAUAAUGAGAGUGAAAAUAUCAGAAAAAUAAAAAAUUAAGAAGGAAACAGUAAUGAAGAAAUAUAAGAACUAAAUCAUUCAUAGAAUAUUAAUAAUGAUUUUUGA